GCGUUUCAACUAAAAACAGACGUAAUUAUUGAUUUUGGUGGCUCGUCGAUAUUCAAUAUUUAUAAUAACUAUAUGGUGUUGCUGUGCCGGUGCGGCGGCGCGAAAGUUGCCACGAGCAACCGAAAAAUCUCGUAGAACUGAAGGAAAAUCAAAUGAUAAAAAAAACUUUGUAGGUACUCGUUAUACUCUAACGUUGUUGCCAUUAUUUUUAGUAAGUAAUUAAUAAUAAUUAAAUAACAAUUAUUGUUAUUCGACGGAUUGACACAAACAGAAAUUACUUAUCAAAAGUCGUCGAGAGAGCCUGCUGUAGAGUGCAGAUUAUAAUAUUUUAUUAUUACGUACUUUUGUCAUGCCAUUUUCGUUUGUUUAUUAUCUACAGCCAGUGGCUUUUUGAAGACAGCCCUCCGGGAACAUUCAAGUUGUUGGGUGGGAGAGGGUGGCACAGUACUUUUAUCAUGCGAUAAUAAAAAAAAUAAAAUCACUGAGAAAUUAUAAUUCUUAUUUUUUAUCAAACCGAUAUACUCAAUAAGUUCACUUUUUCAUACCUAAUUAAGUAAACAAUGUUCAAUCGAAUUUAUGUGUUUUAAGGGGCUUUUGUUUUCUAUAGAUCUUAGGGUCGUUAAAUUUCACGUUACGCCACUUCCUAAAACGGCUAGAACUAUAGAUAUAUUAUUAUAGGUAAGUACGUCAUUAGCUCGCAUCGGAGAACAGUCUCAACAAAAAAUAACACACCUAGUAUUUCAAUAUGAAUAUAAAAACAGCACCUACAAAAUAUAAAAUGUAUAAUUAAAUGUAAUAAUGACGAAUAACAGGUAAAAUAUCACAUUCAGACUACCUACCUACCCGGAUACACGGCCCGAUGUGUAAAAAUGUUAUUUUAAAAUCUAGUUUCAUAUUUAUUGUAGCCACAUCAUUGGUAAGCACUAGGUACUGGAUGGAAAAUUAUUGUUUAUUGGACUGGUCGAAAGGGACAAGGAAUGGUUGGUUGAGCUUCUAAAAAAACUAAAAUACCUUUAUUAAUAGAAUUAGUACCUUUUUUAGUUUCGAAAUUUUCUAUUGUAUAAUUUAUAAUGACAAUUAUAACUAGGUGUUUAUAUCUAAAUUAAUAUAGAUGGGUACCUAUGGUUUUUUAAAUUUAUUAAGCAAAGCGGCUCAAAAAUCAUUGUUAUCAAAAUAUUAUCACAAUGAUAUCGAAAUUUAUUAUCUGCAAGCAUCCAGAUAAGGGUUAAGCAAAACGCAAAAUUAAAAACAUCGAAUAGUGCUGAUAAGCAAACGCGAAAAAUAAGAAUACCUAAUAAUAAUAUAUUUUAAUAUUUUGCAAUUUUGCAAAUAUCUAAAUCUAAAAGCACUGCUUUUGCAAACAUGAAAGAAAUUAAUUCUUUAGUAUGUCGUUAAAUAUUACAGAACCAUAAUGAACGCACCGAGUCCGGAAGUGGACGUAUUUAUUAGCAACUAUACGAUCGUCGAUCCAGACGUAUAUCAUCUGUGGGUGAAUGGAUAUUCCGCAUCGGAAGCAGUGUCCAUUCUGAAACAGUACGGUAUUCUAGAGGAAAUGGGCACUACACUCGACUUGGUUGCAUCCGACAUAUUGGAUCACUACAGAACUUAUAGUUUGCUAGAAAAAAUAAUACAUUAUCCAACAAAGUUAGAUCAGCAGCUGGCAUUUCAAAUUGAGCCACAAACUAAACACAUAUUAGUGGAAAAGUAUUAUGAAAUAGAUGAUAUAGUUAUUCGAGAAUUUCUUGGAAAAAAAUUAUCAUCAAAACAUCGUAAAGAUUUGGACGAAGUUAGUGAAAAAACAAGCAUCGCUAUAAAAUCGUGCAGACGCCAAUUUGAUAAUGUCAAAAGAGUUUUUAAGGCUGUUGAAGAACUUCAAGGUUCUGUAAUCCAAAACAUUUCCAGCAUAUUUCUACUAUCAGAAGAUCUGGCAAAGAAGUAUGGAGUAAUUGUUUUCAUAGCCUGUAUGCGUUUUGAAACGUCGAAACGUAAAUUACAAAUGUUAACAUUUCCUGAUUUUUAUGAACCAACUCUUUGUAUUAUGAACAAAUGGACUUACCCUAAAAGUAGUCCAGAAUUUGGAGACACUGACUUGGAUCGAGAGUUUCUGCUUGAAUUAAGAGAAGUUAGAGUAUUAUUGGAUAAAGAAAAGGAUCACAAACAUAUUGUAUGUCAAAAAUUAAAGCCAGAGUUUCUAGAAAAAACAUAUAAUAGUAUGGAAGGAAAUUUUCGUUUAUUGAAUAGAGCUAUAAUAGGAAUAGCCUAUAAUCUUCACCAUAAUAGAGAUUUACGAGGAUUUUUUCUGGAAGUAGUAGAAAGAAUUAUUGAUCCAUGGAGAAUACUUGGUUGGAACAAAGUAGAUGUAAUGAAUUUUCUAAAAGUAUACGUUAACUGUGCCAUAGAAUUAGAUAUAUUCCAAGAUGCAGAAGUAAAGAAAGCUUGGGAACGAUAUAUGGAUGUAAUAACUACCAGUGUCAAACAACUUUACUGAAAUGAUACAAUGAUAUAUUUUAAGAAAAUUAAAAAUUGUUUGUUUUAUAGUAUAGACUGCUCAGAUAGUGAUUUUUAAUAUUAUGCCAGUUUUUUUUUAGUAACACGUGUCCUUAUAAACAGUUGUAACUAUAUUUAUAUGUAUUUUUAUGGUUUAGAAAAGUUAACUAUUUUUAUAAGCAUUGAAGCCUCAAUACGCCAAAAUAUUUGUUUUAUGUUACUUGUAUUGCCGUUAUUCUUAGAUUGUGAGUGUUAUUUUUAACUUUUGUUUUUUGAAAGCUUUUAUAUAAUCUAGUAGUUAUACUUUUAUUUUAUAGAAUAUAGAUUCACUAAAAUUGUAAAUCUGUUGUGCUAGUCUUCAAUCUAAUACAUACAUGUAUGAUAUUGUAUUUAUUUAGUAAAUUAUAAAUAUUAUGAAAAAUUA